AUGUAUAAGAUAAUACAAGAAUUAUUGCAUUUUGGAUUAAUCCGUCCAUCUGAUUCUUCAUUUGCAGCACCAGCAUUACUGGUAGCUAAGCACGAUGGUACAUGGAGAAUGGUAGUAGAUUAUAAAAAAUUAAAUAAUAUUACUAUUAAGGAUAAUCAUCCAUUACCCAAUAUGGAGCAAGCAAUACAAUUAUUAGGUGGUAGUUAUAAAUUUUUUUCCAAACUUGAUAUGAAGAGUGGAUUUUGGCAAAUUCCAAUUAAAGAAGCAGGCAAAUUUAAAACUACAUUUAUUACUCCAGAUGUAUUAUCUGCUUUAUCCGAACAUAACUUUCAAGCUAACUCGGUCAAAUGUAGUAUUUUUCAUCAACAAAUCGAUUAUUUAUCUCAUACGAUAUCUAAACAUGGUGUUAAGCCAACCAAUCAAAAAAAAAUUCAAGCAAUUAUUAAAUUACGACAACCUAUUAAAUUAGCUGAAGCAAAUAAAUUUCUUGGUGCUCUUUCGUGGUAUCGUAAAUUCAUACCCAAAUUUGCAACAAUUGCUGCACCUAUUCAUGCUGAUGCUUCUCAAUCUCAAGCGAUUUCACAAUUGAAACAAUUAUUAAUUACUUCUCCAUUAUUUCUUGAUUUUCCAGAUGAUAAUUAUCCUGUUAUACUAACAACGGAUGCAUCAGAAGUUAGUAUUGGUGGUACAUUACAACAAAAUAUUAAUGAUGAAAUAAAAAAUUUAUAUUGUCAUUCUCAGGUUACAUCUUCUACUCAACGACGAUAUGAUCCUAUUGAAUUAGAAGUGUUACCCAUAUGGUUAUGUUUUCAACGAAUGCGAUCUUAUCUACUUGAUAGAUCUAUUAUAAUUUAUACUGAUCAUUGUCCUUUGUGCAAAAUGAUGAACUCAUCGGUGAAAAAUCGAUGA